UGCUGCUGGUGCUGCUGCUGCUGCUGCUGACACACAAACCGGUUGUCCUGCACUGAAACGGGGCACAUAAAACUGAUCCCCAUCUCAACAGGAGGCAGUCGCCCCGCAGCUACAGUUGCACUUUAAGUGAUCACUCACCAGCUUGAAAAAUGAUCAAGAACGGACAUCACCACCACCAAGUGAACACAGCAGCCGGGAAAGACGCAGGGACGACCCCCGGUGCUGCAGUUUCCAGUCCCGAGAAGAGGAGGAGAAGAAUCCGGGUGUGGUGCGACGGCUGCUAUGACAUGGUCCAUUAUGGUCACUCCAACCAGCUGCGACAGGCCAAGGCCAUGGGAGAUUACCUCAUCGUUGGAGUUCACACAGAUAGUGAGAUUGCGAAGCACAAGGGUCCGCCAGUCUUCACUCAGGCAGAAAGAUACAAGAUGGUGCGGGCCAUAAAGUGGGUGGAUGAGGUCGUGGAAGGAGCGCCUUACGUCACCACCCUCCAGACCCUCGACAAGUACAACUGUGACUUCUGUGUGCACGGAGAUGAUAUAACACUAACAGUGGAUGGGAAAGACACAUAUGAAGAGGUGAAAAAGUCAGGGCGCUACAGAGAGUGUAAGAGAACCCAGGGAGUUUCAACCACAGAUCUAGUUGGCAGGAUGCUAUUGAUGACCAAAGCACAUCACAGCAACAUUGUGAGUACAGCCUUAUUCAUUCAAUAUGUCCUCAGUAACCGACACAAGCCUGAUUCAACCCUGUCUCCUCUACAGGAUAGUUCAGACUAUCAGCAGCACACAGACAACUUUGGAAAGAAGGGCCACAGUCCCUGGACAGGGGUGUCUCAGUUCCUGCAGACUUCACAGAAGAUCAUCCAGUUUGCUUCAGGCCAGGAGCCUCAACCCGGAGACACUAUCAUCUAUGUGGCGGGGGCCUUCGACCUCUUCCACAUUGGACACGUGGACUUCCUGGAAGCAGUGCAUAAGCUCGCAGAAAAGCCAUACAUUAUAGUGGGGUUGCACUUCGAUCAGGAGGUGAACCGCUACAAAGGGAAAAACUACCCAAUCAUGAAUGUCCACGAGAGAACGCUCAGUGUGCUGGCGUGUCGAUAUGUGUCAGAAGUGGUGAUUGGUGCACCGUUUGCAGUCACAAAAGAUUUGCUGGACCAUUUCAAGGUGGAUCUUGUAUGCCAUGGAAAGACAGAAAUAUACCCUGACAAGGAUGGAUCUGACCCUUAUGCUGAGCCGAGGAGGAAAGGAAUCCUGCGUACUGUUGACAGUGGGAACAGCCUCACUACAGAUGCCAUUGUGCAAAGGAUAAUCAAAAACAGGUUGCUAUUUGAAGCAAGGAACCAGAAGAAAGAGGCCAAAGAGAUCGCUGUGAUUCAGGCCAUGAAGCGACAAGAGGAGGAAAAGACUAAAGAAAGAGCCCAGGCUGUGCUGUAAGAAGGCCCCAAACAAGCACCACCGACCAAGUGUCAACAUAACACUGACAAGCUCAAUUAACCUAAACUCAUGUACAGUAAAAUCAACCCUUUUAUAUGUGGUAUGACACCCUCCACACACGAUCCUGGCUAACAGCAGCAGCCCUUACAGCAGCCCAUUUAUAGUCAGGGCGGCGUGCUCUGCUGUGGGAUCAUCAGGUAAACAGUGUGUGUGUUUGUGAGCGUGUGUGUGUGUGUGUGUGUGAGUGUGUGUGUGGGGAUCUUCUGUGUAUUAAUAUAUUUGGCAUUAUGCAAAUACAUGUUCAUGUCAGUCAACAAUCACACAUACAGAUGUCUAAUUAUGGAGUUAUGGACUGAAAUUUUCUGAGAAAAGAACAUAUUACUAUGUCUACAAAUGUCUAUUUUAUGUCUGGAAAUUUUUAAUUUCUCAAGUACUUUUAUUAUAAUUUUUUUGCCUUCAAAAAAUAUAGAGUUUUUCAGUAUUAUGUUGUGGGAAUUGAACAUAUGAAUGGCAGAUGUGGGGACCUGAUAUGCUUAUUUUGCCUUCAAAAAUGUUGAUUUUUUUUCUCAAGUAUUAUGUUAUGGAUUUGAUCAUGAAGGGCAUGUUUGGGGACCUGAUUCUUUUCUAUUUUUUUCUUCAAAAAUAUGGAUUUUUAAAGUAUGUUAUUAUGGGAUUUGGACAUAUGAAGGGCAAGCGUUGGGACUUGAGAUGCUAUCUUUUUUUUUUUCUUCCAAAAUAUAGAAUUUUAAAGUAUAAUAUGCUUGAUUCGAACAAAUGAAGGGCAGGUGUGGGGACCUGAAAUUUUGGUCAUGCAUUAAACUGUCCCCAGGAAGUGAUUUGAUUAAUCAUUUCCAUGGGGUUGUUGCUGCUUUCUGCCUGGCAACGGGUGGAGCCUCACACCUGAUUUAUCUAUGUAUAUACUGUAUGUACUGUGUCUAUGUAUUAUAAAGUGAUUACAGGCUCUCUGGAGGAACCACUAGAGCAUUAGGGGAGAAGAUCCCCCUGCUUCUCUGUACCUAACUUGGGUUGUUUGGAUGUGAGAAGGUAUUGAAACUCUUUCAGGACCUCAUGUACAUAUCAGACCUUGCUCCAGACUGCACUGAUUGCUCAGAAAUCAUCAGAACUGUUCUGUUUUACGGGCAGAGCAGGUUUUUAACUGAAAAUUGCACACUGUCGAGACCUGCACGCCCUGCCUUUUGAGUGCAAUUGUAUUUUUUUUUUUAAAACCAACACUCCUUAGGUUUAUCCUAAUAUAGAGAACACUACAGAGUUUUAACAGACUGCUUUUAAGCUUAUUUUUUUUUAGUGUUUAGAGAACUAUGACAGAUGCUCAGUGUUGGCUUGAUCAUGAAAUAGACCUCUUACUGUCAUUGAGCCCUGAACCAUUUAACCUCUGUCUCUUUAUCAAAUGGGAUUAAAUAAUAUAUUUUUUGUAGAUGUAUAUUUUACUCACCUCCUCUCCAUUAACUAAUGUAUAGAUGGUUUCAUAUUGUUUAAAAAAGCAUAAUACUAUGUCUGUAUGUCAAGUUGGAAUGUAUUCAUUGUAGGCUAUAAUGUGUAUGUUAUUGACAACUCCCAGCUGAUAAAAACAGUAGAAACUGACUGGACUACAGUAUACUACUGCUGAUAAUAACAACAUUUUAAUCUGAA